AUGAAAUUGAAUGUCCAACCCGCUCAAGAAGGUUCUGAUGAUCAGAGGAUAAACUUCAGAAGGCUGUACAUUUGUUUUGCUGCUUGUAAGGAAAGUUUCAAAUUAAGCAGGCAUUUCAUUGGCCUUGAUCGAUGUUUCUUGAAAGGACUUUGUGGAGGUCAAAUCCUUGCAGCCAUAGGUAGAGAUCCAAAUGAGCAAAUGUUACCCAUAGCAUUCGCAGUGGUGGAGAGUGAAAACAAGGAUAGCUGGACAUGGUUCUUGGAGUUGCUUAUUGCUGACCUUGGUGGAAGGGAAGAGUGUCUCACAUACACGUUUAUCAGUGAUCAGCAAAAGGGAUUAUUGCCUGCAAUGGAGGAACUUCUGCCUAGAGUAGAACAAAGAUUUUGUGUCAGACAUUUAUACAACAACUUUAGGAAGAGGUAUCCUGGAAAAAAACUAAAGGAAAUCAUAUGGAAAGCUGCCAAGUCUACUUACUACCAAGCUUGGGAAAGUAAGAUGAAGGUAAUGAAGGAUGUCAAUGUAGAAGCAUACAAGCACAUGAUGGGCACCCCUCCAAGAUUUUGGAGUAGAUCAUACUUCAAGACACGUAACAAGUGUGAUGUUGUUCUAAAUAAUAUGUCAAAGUCAUUCAAUAGUGUCAUCUUGGAUUCUAGGUCUAAACCAUUGAUAACCAUGGUGGAGGAAAUCAGAACAUACAUGAUGGAGAGAUGGGCUACAAACAGGUUGAGGUUUGAAAAGCUAGCAGAUGAAGAGGUGCUACCAAACAUUAGAAGGAAUAUUGAGAAAACAAACUCAUACAUAAACAUGUGGCUAGUCAGGAUGUUUGAUGAGCAUAUCUUUGAAGUGAGGCAUCUUGAAAAUUCUGUAGAAAAGUUCACAGUCAACUUGAAGGAUAGAGUUUGUUCAUGUAGAAGAUGGGAGCUGACAGGCCUACCUUGUGUGCAUUCACUUUCAUCCAUGAAGAGUAGGAACCAUAAGGUUGAUGACUACAUACCUGAUUAUUAUAGAAAGUCAAUAUAUGUUGAAUUCUACAAACCUGUUAUUUUUCCUGUUAAUGGCUCUAAUCUUUGGGUAAGAACAGAGUAUCCUGAUGUUAUGCCCCCAACAUAUAGGAAAAUGCCUGGAAGGCCCAAAAAGAGAAGGAAUUUAGAGCAAGGUGAAAUUGAUGGGUCUGAUAGAAAAAUGAGAAGGAAUGGAUUUAUUGUUUCAUGCAGCAGGUGUAAAAAACAAGGUCACAACAAGCUUACUUGUAAGGUUCCAUCAACUACUCAAGCAUCCUAAUUAGUGCCUGCUCAAGCAUCCCAACCAGUGUCUGCUCAAGCAUCUCAAGCAUUGCCUACUCAAGCUUCCCAACCAGUGUCUGCUCAAGCAUCUCAAGCAUUGCCUACUCAAGCAUCCACAUUAGUGCCGUCUCAAGCAUCUAAGCCAGUUACCUUAAGAAAGUGACUAAAAAAUCAAAGAAGUUGCCAGUUAGAAGGCCAGCUACCCCUUUCAUACUACCUGGUCUUACAACAAGAUUGAAUGCAGCCAGAAUAGUUGUUGGCCCAACAACAAGAAGGACAACUCCUACCAAGAGAGCCACCCCAAGCUGGAAAAUCUAGUUAUAUUGUAGCAAUCUUAAAUUGUGGGGUCUUUUGUGUUUCUUUUAUGUUAUGAACA